UCAACGAACUUAACCUCAAAGAUAAAAUGUACGAGAAGAAAUCAUCGCUGUCCACGUACCAUUGUUUAUCUUCCAAAAUUUGACGUGAGAAUUUUUCGAUCGAAGCAUCUUAGUUUUCGCAGGAAUCAGAUACGUGAGGACAUCCAGCAUGAAGAUUUACGUGAAGAUACUGCACGGUAAAGAGUGUGUUGUGGAUAUAUUACCUACCGCGACUGUGCUAGAACUGAAAAACAAAGUCAGUGAACUGCUGGAGGUUGAUGUAUCUCAGCGGAAGUUGUUGUUGGGCGGAAAAACUCUCGCUGAUGAAAAGCCCUUGACUUUCUACUCUAUUCCAGACGGAUGUAGGAUGACUCUUGUAGCUAAGAAAUCGCCCCAAGGGCCAAGUGAAGAGAAACAAGCAACCAAGAGUGGCACUGUCCUCCUUCGUGAAUCAGUGACAAAAAUCCUCAAACACUAUUACAGUGAAUCCGAGACUGAAUCUAUAGUCAAGGAGAUGAUAAGAGAUUUAAGAAAUAAAGUUAAUAAUCUGAGUUUCGACGAUCUUGAAAGAUUAGCAACAACUCUCAUUCAGGAGCAGGAAACGAUUGGUUGAUGCACGAGUUUAACGGUUACUAUGAGCACCUGAGGAUAAAACAUAACUGAUGUAAUAAUUAUUAGAUGAUUGAGAAUACGAUGUAUCAUUUUCCUAUUUUAAUAUUAAUCCGCCAUCACUUUAUGCAGAAGACUUCACUGUCUUCCUGUCUUUCAUAGGUUUACCUUGUGAUUUAAUGGAUCGUAGAUAAUGACUUGAUAACGAAUAAUAAAUACUUUUUUUAAAUUACGAAA